AUGGCAGAGUCCACGUGGCCAGAUAUCUCUCACCUCGCCAUCUCAAGGCCGGAGCUGAUCAAUGUUCUAAGGCAGAUGGGUCAACAGGUCAAGUGGCCUCAGAAGAUGAAAGCACCUGAUUCUUUCCAAAACCCUGGUCUUUGGUGCGACUUCCACCACGACCACGAUCAUAAAACGGAGGACUUCGUCGCACUAAGGAUUGAGCUCAACGAAUUGCUCAAGAAAGGACACCUCAGGGACUUCCUUUUCGAGAAAGCCAAGAGCCAUUUAAGCAAAGAGACGACAGGAAAGCCCACUGAAGCUGCUCCCGCCUCGAGUCCUCGACAGGACCGAGUAAUCCAUGUCAUAUCAGGAGGCUCGGAAAUCAGCGGCAUAAGCCACGGGGCAGAAAAGAAAAGCACUUGGAACGCCAAGCACGGCCUAGAGACAGCCAAGCCAAAACGCCUGCUUCUGGGUACAGAUGAAAUAAGCUUCACGGCCAAGGAGCAAGAUGUUGGGGUCAAAAUCGGUCAAGACGGAAUCAGUGUUGGAAAGCUCUCAUGCAGAAUGUCUCUCUUUGAAAAGAAAGAAAUAAUAAGGAUACAGGUAGAUAUUGGAAGCUCCGGCAACAUCAUCUUCCAAGCCGCUUAUAAGGUUCUGGGGCUGGAAGAAAGCGCUCUAACUCGGAGAAUAACCCCACUCAUAGGAUUCAACGGAAAAGUCAAGCAGACCGCUGGAGAAGUCACCCUCCCGGUGUAUGCCGAAGGGAUUAACAUGUCAACCAAGUUCCUUGUCGUUGACUGUGAAUCAUCUUAG